UGGUUUGAGACAUUGAGGUUAGUUUCUCCGUGCGUGUUCGAGUAAUGGAAAUUUAUGUUUGUGACAUAAAUCGCACUUGAGAGAACAAUACGCGUAGAAAACGCGUGUGGCUUAUUAAUUUUUCGUGCAGGAUUGCUUUGCCUGUCACAAAAAAUGCAGAGCCUGCGUCAGUGCGUAACGCAACUAGCAGUGUUUGGUAGACCUAUGUUAAAUAGGACGAAUGCAUUACCAAGCACAGUAAAACCAUUAAAUCUUAUACCAGCAUGUAGUUUUCAUGUUUCUUUGAUAUUCAAUGACAAAAGGACUCAGGGUCCAACACGCUUUCUAAAUCAUAAUAAAACUAUUUUUCGACCUCAAAAGCCGGAUGAAGAAAGAAGACCUGCCUAUGUAUGUAACAUGAGGGCCAACAUAAAGUACAGUCCAAAAAAUAUGUGGUACAUCGCGGCUUUCGUGCGAGGAAUGUCUGUGGAUGAAGCUGUAAAACAGUUGAGUUUUCUGCAGAAGAAAGGUGCCGCAAUUGCGAAGGAAGUUAUAUUAGAAGCCCAACGUAUGGCCGUGGAGGAGCAUAACGUCGAGUUUAAGAGUAAUCUAUGGGUUGCGGAGUCAUUUGCUACGAAAGGCAUAGUAAUAAAGGGAUUGCGGCGCCAUGCUAGAGGACGCAAGGGAGUAAUUCAUUAUAGGUAUUGCCACUAUUUUGUACGCUUGGAGGAAGGACCACCACCUAAGAAUUACUAUCUGCCAUAUCCUAAGAGCGGUGAAGAGUUGUUGGACGACUGGUUAAAACAGAUGCACAUGCGCAAAGUAACGAAUUCCUUGUAACAGCGUAACUUAUACAGAAGUUAAUAUACAAAAAUACAUGUACAUAAAUAAAGAUACACAAGAUUAGUGCUUUU